AUCGCAUUGCCGUCUCCUCUCUUGAGCCCGCCAGGAGGGCACCGGCCAAAAACACCAUUGCCGUUGCCUAGCGAACAAGUGGAAUCAUUCCAAUCUGGGCCGCUGGUUUCUGCGAAUCUGCCAUUAGAGAUCGCCUCUUUGCUGGCCGCACACAAUCUCACAGCGGCAACAGUUGGACUGCCAUUAUCCGUCUCUUGUGGUCUGGAGCCGUCAUCUGCGGCUUCCAUCGUCACAUCGGCCCCGGGAUUGUCCUUCCUCUCCUCAGCAUCAUCUCCACCUUUGCUGGCCACAUCAAUUGCUACAACCGAUAUGGUCUCAGCUGGUCAUCCGGCUGAGGCCUCGGAGAUUAUGGCAGCUUCAGCUGCUAGUUACUUUGGACAGCACGAUUCGAAAGCGUUAUUCUCAACAAGGACACAAGUUCCAAAUGUCGACAUGAAAGAGCCGAUGGAAUGUGAUGCGAAAAUUGCGAAAGUGGGUAAUAUUCUUUCUUGA